AUGACGGCCGUGCUGGAACUCAUGCCGGAUCUGAGCUUCCUCGUCUCGAAGCUCCGUGAUCUGUCUGUCGUGGACGAGCUCACAAGGGGACUGGCCUAUCAGGUACAUGAGCGGCGGGAGACAACGCCACUCUGGCCGGCUUUUGGCGUCCAAGUCUACCUUGACAUUCUGCACAGCUUUGGGCAGACCUGUGACAGGCUGGGCACCAUGCAGGCCGAAAGUCGCCGCAUCAAGCAGUCGCUGCUAGAUGUUCCGGUAGCAGACCGCUGCGAUGUGCUUCGCGCCGCCGGCCUCCGGGACGAUGACACGAUCUGGGUCGCGCGCAAGCUCGCCAUCACCGCGGGCAUGCUGCCUCGUGUGCGAUCCCCGCCGAUCAAGUUUCUGCGCCGCAACCUCAUGUACUGCGGACUCCUGAUCCAAAACAUGCGUGCCACGUUGCAGAAUGCCGGGCUGCUGUAUGCAGUGACGCCGGGUGCACUCGUGGGCGUGGUGCAGCUAUACCACGCGCUGCAACACGAGGGCCUGCUGGCAGAUGACUGUCCAUGGGAAGACCUGCAGAAUCUAUGGACCCUGCAGGGAGAUACAUCCUUCUUCGUGGGCAUUUACCAAAGACCAGGGAGGCCUACUUCAAAAACUACUAUCUAA